CUUUCUUCUUACAACUGUAUCUCUCUAAUUUCUUUAUUCUGUAGAAUAGAAUAAUUAAAUUGUGGGUCCAUAUUCUGUUAUAGCUUCAUUCAUCUCCAACAAUCUCCACCAUCGCCUUCACUUUUUGAUUUCAACAACGACGCGCCACGCGCAUGCUCUGACCAAUCAAUGCACCGGCGGUGCGCAUGGAGAUAACCUACGCAUCGCAUAGUUUCGCCGACCUCCGCACCGCAUCCAUGGCGUCGACGACCACUGCCGCUCUCACUCGUCCUGUCAGAGUUAUUCCUAUGCAACACCCGAACGUUGCAUCUUCUUCCUCGCCGGCGCCGAAUGUCUCGGUUCUGCGUUGGGUUUCUAAGCUCCGGCAAAUGACAUGGCUCGAAUGGAUGGAGUUUUUUCUCCCUUGUUAUCGUUGGAUUCGCAUCUACAAAUGGCGUGAGUAUUUUCAGGUCGAUCUUAUGGCUGGUAUCACCGUUGGAGUCAUGCUAGUACCUCAGUCGAUGUCAUAUGCAAAAUUGGCCGGACUUCAACCAAUAUAUGGACUCUACUCUGGUUUUGUGCCCAUAUUUAUGUAUGCCAUAUUUGGGUCAUCUCGCCAGCUUGCAGUCGGCCCGGUAGCAUUGGUUUCUCUAUUGGUCUCUAAUGUUCUAGGCAGCGUAGCUGAUACAUCAAGCGAAUUAUACACAGAGUUAGCAAUUUUACUUGCCCUUAUGGUUGGGGUACUGGAGUGCAUAAUGGGACUAUUGAGGCUUGGGUGGCUGAUUCGUUUCAUUAGCCAUUCGGUAAUCUCUGGCUUUACAACUGCUUCAGCUAUUGUGAUUGGUUUAUCUCAAGCAAAGUACUUUUUGGGGUAUGAUAUAGAAAGAAGUAGCAAGAUUAUACCAUUGGUUAAAAGCAUAAUAGCUGGAGCUGAUAAGUUUUCAUGGCCCCCUUUUGUAAUGGGAUCAGUUACGCUUACAAUACUUCUUGUCAUGAAACACCUGGGAAAAUCAAGGAAAUACUUGCGAUUCUUGAGAGCAGCAGGUCCUCUUACAGCAGUAGUUCUGGGAACGUGUUUUGUAAAUAUAUUUCAUCCACCAUCAAUUUCUUUGGUGGGACCAAUACCUCAGGGCCUACCUAAAUUUUCUGUUCCAAAAGCUUUUGAGUAUGCAGAGUCCUUAAUUCCAACUGCUUUUCUUAUAACAGGUGUGGCUAUACUGGAAUCAGUAGGAAUUGCAAAGGCGUUAGCAGCAAAGAAUGGGUAUGAGUUGGAUUCAAACCAAGAGUUGUUUGGUCUUGGUGUUUCCAAUGUUCUUGGUUCAUUCUUUUCAGCAUACCCCACUACAGGAUCCUUUUCAAGAUCAGCUGUUAAUCAUGAAAGUGGGGCAAAAUCUGGAGUAUCUGGAAUAGUUUCAGGAAUCAUAAUAACUUGUGCACUUUUGUUUUUAACGCCACUAUUUGAGAACAUACCCCAGUGUGCUCUUGCUGCCAUCGUGAUCUCUGCUGUCAUGGGUCUGGUGGAUUAUGAUGAGGCCAUUUUUUUGUGGCGUGUAGAUAAAAAGGAUUUUCUUCUUUGGACCAUUACUAGCACUAUUACAUUGCUCCUUGGUAUUGAGAUUGGUGUGCUUGUUGGGGUUGGGGCGUCACUUGCUUUCGUCAUUCACGAGUCAGCAAACCCUCACAUUGCUGUUUUAGGUCGUUUGCCAGGGACAACUGUUUAUAGAAACGUUAAACAGUAUCCUGAAGCAUAUACAUACAAUGGUAUUGUAAUUGUUCGUAUUGAUGCUCCUAUCUAUUUUGCAAAUAUCAGUUACAUAAAGGACAGGUUGCGGGAAUAUGAAGUUGUUGUUGAUAGUGCUACAAGACGUGGUCCUGAGGUUGAAAGAAUUAAUUUUGUGAUUCUGGAGAUGGCGCCUGUGACCUACAUAGAUGCUAGUGCUGUACAGGCUUUGAAAGACUUGUAUCAGGAGUAUAAGUUACGAGACAUUCAGAUUGCAAUAUCAAAUCCAAACCCAGAAAUUCUGCUUACGUUGUCUAAAUCGGGUCUGGUGGAGUUGAUAGGCAAAGAAUGGUACUUUGUGAGAGUACACGAUGCUGUUCAAGUUUGCUUGCAGCAUGUUCAAAGCUUGAAACCAGGAGGAGGAGGAUCUGACAGUUCACGAACAUCACGCUCUUCAUCACCAAGCUCCUUCGCUCAACCGAGAGAGGAGAACCGUACAUCUAUCGAUUUAGAGUCUGGUUAUGGAAAGCCUCCUCUCUCCCGGAUCAGAGAUUCCCAAUCGGAGCCAUUGUUGUCCAAAGAACAUUAAAUAAAAUCUUUGUUUUGUAAAUGAGUAGGUGAAAUGCCGUGUAAUCAAGCUAGUGAAUGUUAAGCAAUAAUAAUCUGUGUAUUAUUUAAUUGGCCAAUUGUUGUAAAAUAUACUACAGGAAAUUUUAUGAAAGAAUUUUUAUUGUGUAUUUA